AAGUGACCAACGGCGAAAGGAAACAAACCAUACAACAACCCGAAACACACGUCCAUCAAAAUGCUCCUCACCCUCGCCCUCUCCUUCGCCUUCGCCAGCCUCACACCCGCCCAGAUCACCACCGACUCCGGACUCCUCGCUUACACCACCAGCGUCGGCCCCUGCACCACAAACACCAUUCCGGAAUCCGACCUCGUCUUCAGCAUCCAAACCGACACAGUCGUCGAAACGCCCGGCCCACAAUCCGCGUGCACAUAUAUCGUCAACGCCGACAACCCAUCUCAAAUCGUCAGCACGUUGACGCCCGCGAGCGUGAUUCCCACGGUCUCUGUCCCGAGCACCGCGGAUGUGAUUUUGAUUAGCGGGUCUGGGUCAUCAACGACGUCCGGUUCGGGAGCCGUGGUCACGGAGACGGCGGUGGUUUCUACGACUGGUGGGGAGGAGGUCACGGAGACGGUGACGAGGACGAGUGGUGGUGCGGCGUCGAGGACCAGUGAGACGGCGGUGCCGCCGGCUUCGACGACGGCGGACGGAGCUGCGGCUGGAAGGGGAGUUGCUGGGGAGGUGUUUGGUGUUGCUGGGUUUGUGGCGAUGGUGGCUGGGUUUCUGAUGUAGGUCUAGGGUUAUCGUUGGCGAGGCAGGGAGUGAUGGAGGUGGUUUGUCUUGAGGCAGUGAGUGAGAUCAGAGUGUUGGAACAUUUCUCACUUUAAGUCGCUGCGAUGCGAGGUCGAGGACAGUUUCUUCAGAAUGAAGAUGCAGGAAACCCACAUCUCUCAGGUUGUGGUGACAAUGUGAAGUCUUGAUAUGCAGGCUAUACUAAAGAGCGGAGCUGAGGCCUUGC